UAUUAUUAUAUAUCCGUCAACACAUAACAUGUAGCUAUAUGACGCAUAAAGGCGUGACACUUUGGACGAUUUAUAAUUACCUGCCGUACUUUUAUUGUUAUCCGCUAGAUAGCGCUUCGGACAUUGUAUCAUCCAGACUCUUGUCCUUUCCGACAUUUUAGCUUACUAGUAGCACGAGCGUCUUGGUGACAAAGACUAGUGUUCAGCUGGCGCUAAGAUACGAGCGACUCCUCAGCAACGAUAGAGGCCGCGAGCAAAAUGGCUGGGUUUCUAUUUGGGGAAAGAAGGAUGGAUUACAAGACGAAUAAGUCAGUGUUAGACACUGAAAUAUUCGGAAAGAGAACAUGUUCUGUCCCUAGAGUCUGUGGCUUAAAUAGUUCCAGGUGGAUAGAAAGCAUAACUAUUCAGCAGUCGCAAAGAGACAAUGUCUUUGAAAAACUCCUCGACACCUACAACAAAUGUCUCGAUGGUGACAUUUUUGUAGGGUUAGGAGAUGAACUAUAUUCUGUGUAUAGUCCAAACAGAAGGCAGAGUGAUGGUGACGCAUGGAGAUAUGUGUCAAAACAAGGGAAAGGCCUUUAUGAAGACCUGGUGAUGGAGAGAAACAGACAAGACUGUCUCGCAGACCUUGGUAUUGGAAUGGAAACAUGUGAUGUGCCAUCACUCGUUAAGCAAAACAUCUAUGAGAAGAUGAGGCCAAUGACCUCAGCGGCUACCACGCAGGCUAGGGUAUCUAUGGCUGAGUUUGAAACUCAGACACCCUGGACAGGAAUAAACUCCAAGGAUAUGGCUUCACAGGCAGUACAAGACACCAUGGACAGUGGCGUUCAGGCCAGACCAAGUGCAGCUGAUUUUGGGACACAGGCCAGACCAAGUACAGCUGAUUUUGGGACACAGGCCAGACCAAGUGCCGCUGAUUUCGGAACACAGGCCAGACCAAGUGCAUCUGAUUUUGGGACACAGGCAAGACCAAGUGCAUCUGAUUUUGGGACACAGGCCAGACCAAGUGCAGCUGAUUUUGGGACACAGGCCAAACCAAAUAUGGUUCAUUUUGGUACAGAGGCUAGACCAGUGACAGCAGAAUUCAGCACACAGGCAGGCCAAAUGGGUGUAGACGUGGGAAUACAGAUGACCCCUUCUGACCAACCACCACAAGACCAAAAUGAUCAUUAUAACACAAUUAAGGUGAACUUAAAAACAAAGAAGUAUCGAGUAGAAGUGGAGGAUAAUGGUAUGAUCAUAACGCUGACUGCAGCAGCGGCUACAGUGGUACAUGGGUUUGUGACGAGGUCUGUUCAAUUCACCACCAGUGAGUUUGAUGAUCUGAUAGCCUCCCUAAAGGAUUGUGGUGUAGGGACACAAGCCUCCCUAAAGGAUUGUGGUGAAGGGACACAAGAAGCCGAUUUACUAUACCACCAGUCUUCUCCGAAGUUUGAUAGCGGGGACCGCCAGGGGGCUACAGCCGCCAUUCCAAAAAUUCCCCACAAUGUCAUAGAGAGGACAAAGAGAAAGUCACAAGGAGAUAUAAUGAGGUUCCACAAGGAUAUACCGUAUGAAGGUCAACUAGAGAAGUAUCUGUCACCAUUUUCACCUUUCCCUCAGUAUGGUUACAUCCCUUCAAGAGAUAUUCCAGUCACACUGGAUGACAUCAAGAUCCCUGUUGUACAAAAUCAUGAUGUCACCUAUGAAAAAACAGAGAGCGAUAGUGUAGUUCUCGGCAGAGGAGGUUUUGGAUGUGUGUACUUCGCUAAACACUGCACCAUAACAAUGGACCUGUGUGUCAAAGAGUAUGAAGAGAACUGCACAUCUUUGUACGAUAUCCACCAAGAGGCCAAGCUGUUGCUCUAUCUGCAGUCCACAAAGUUUGUGCCACAAUGUCUGGGACUCAUGGUAUCUCCUUUCAUACCUGAGGAUGUAUCCCUUGUACAAGAAUGCUUCGCUAAAGGCUAUACACUGAAGAACCUGCUGAAUGACCGCCCCCGGUCAUUUACCGAUAGAAAGUGGGUUGCUACGGUCUAUCAGCUGUUCUGGGGAAUGAAGAUGAUCCAUGAGAAACAAGUGUUGCUGAACGACAUUAAAACUGAUAAUGUCUUGAUCGACUAUCAAUCUGCAGACAUGGCAAACAACAUCAGAUUCAUUGACAUGGGUCUAGCCUCAUUCAGAAGAGGUCACCGGUUCUCGGAUGAUCCAACCUACAUGGAUCAUUGCAAUAACUAUGCCGCAGAGGUUAGACUAGGCCACUUCUCCACUCCUGCCUCUGACCUCUAUGCAGUCGGGUAUAUGGUGAACGAGAUCUCUGAAACCAUCGGAAUCAUAGAAUUAGAUCUCAUUGCUCAAAUGUGUACUGAGGAGGAUCCAGAUGACAGAUCCAGCUGUCAGGCAGUUCUUAAGAAACUGGAGGACAUCUUAGAGGAAAUGUAAAUGGACUGAGAAAUUGACGAGAUCAUCAUGAAAAUGAUCACCAAUGGAGUCCAAAGUCAUCGAACACAGAAUAAUUACAAACUUUGAAUGGGUCAUUUAUAACUGAAACACAGAAUAACUACAACUUCACUUUGAAGAAAGCAUUCAUAACUAAAGCAUAAAUAAAAAACAGAAUCAUUUUGAACAGAUCCUUUUAAAACUUAUGUAAAAAAUAAUUAUAAAAAUACUUUGAAGAAGUCAAUUAUUAUAAACUAAAACUAACAAUAUGAUAACAAAAUUCAUUUGAUAGGUUAAUAUACAACCAAAGCAAGGAAUAACUGCAAUAUUACUAAUGGAAGAGGUAAUUUAUCAUUCAUCAAAGAUAUUAAAAACAUUACAAAAUUUUACAUAAAUUAAUAGAAAUGAAACAAAGAAGAUGGAAAGUUUAAGAAAAACAAAUUUUACAGUUUAUCUCUUAUAUAUCGCAGUUAUGAUAUUGAAAUCAUAUAAAUGAAUUAUUCUGAUCGUUAAUAUAAUCUGGUACCAAAGUUUCCCAUUAGUUGCUUGACAGACCAGUAGGUCACUGGAUUGAAAAUGUGAGUUUUUUACGCAGUUUAUUUUUUAGAUUUAAUUAAUUUUUGGCACGGUAAAGAUUUAUAAAAAUAAUUAAAUACAUUGGCAUUUUUCACCAUUAUACCAGUGUGAUAUCAAUAGCAAUAAUCAACAUUUUAAAUGAAAUUAAUUCAAUUUUAAUACAAAAUUUUCUUAUUUGAAAGGCUAUAAUCUAACCUUGGUUUAAUUACCUUUACUAUCUAAUGUAUUGUUUAGUGCUACUACCAUUGUAUUGUUUUACAUGGUAUACAGGGACAACUCUGUAACAUGGCUAUCUGUGAUCAACUAUAUAAACGUUUUUUUUGUGAUAAACUAUAUUGUUCGUAUAUUUUAUAUAAUAUUCAAUCUAUUAAGUUUAGUUAACAUGUGGAUUAAUUUUAUAAUUUUUUAAU